AUGAGCACCUGGGCCUUCCCCUCCACCCUUUUCCUGCUCUGCUUGACUUCUGAAAGCCUGCAAGGCUGGCUACCUCCAUUGUCUCCUAGCCUGGGGAAAGGCUUAGGAGGCUUGAAUGGCUAUCCAUCAGGCUAUGGCCCCCGCAGUGGUCUAGGAGCAGGAUUCCGCACUGGGCAUGGGCUAGAAGCCCAGCCAGGCAUUGGAGGGGUCGUGAAACCCCAGAAGUCCGGUGUCUCUCCAGAGUUUAGGAACGGGAAUGGGCUGGGAGUCAGGGCCUUCCCAGGUGCUGCCACCCAGCCAGGAUAUGGAAAUGGACUGGGAGCUGGUGACUUCCCAGGGCCGGGAGCCCAGGCAGGCCCCGUGGCUCAGAAUGGCCAGGGACCAGGAAUUGGAGGGAGCGUGAAACCUCAAAAGCCUGGACUCAGCAGCAGGAAUGGGCUAGGAGCUGGGGCCUUCCCAGGAGUUGGAGCCCAGCCAGGCUUAGGAGGGGGCAUGAAACCUCAGAAACCAGGUCUCAUAGCUCUAAAUGGCUUUGGACCAGGGUUUGGGACCGGGAAUGGAGCCCAGCCGGGCUUCGGAGCUAGUGUGAGACCCCAGAAGCCAAGAUUUGGGAAUAGCUACAGGCUGGGAGCCCAGCCAGGCAUUGCUGAGGCCAUGAAGCCUCAGAAGCCAGUUUAUAGGAAUGGGCUGGGAGUUGGAGCCUUCCCAGGUGAAGGGCCCCAGCCAGGCCUGGGAGGGGGCUUGAGCCCUCCGAAGCCAGCAUACAUAUCAGGGAAUGGGCUGCAGCUCCCUCCAGGUCUGGGAGGGGGUUUGAAACCUCAGAAACCAGGAUAUGGCAAUGGCAAUGGGCUGGGGGCCCAGCCAGGUCCCUGCAGUGGUGGGGUCCCUCCGUGGCUUCUUGCCAGGCCUCCCACUCCAGGGAUCCCUUCAGAUAAAGCAGGUGGCUGGGGCCUGAAAUCCCAGCCCCCUCCCCCAGUGCAGAACGGCAAGUUCCCAGGGUACCAGCCUCCGAAUGGCUACAGACCAGGAGCAGAACUGGGCUUUGGUGGUGGCCUCAAGCCCCAGAAAGUCGGUUUUGGUUACAGGAAUGGUGAUCUGGGAUCCGGGGUCUUCCCUGAGGCCCGCGCACAGCCAGGGUUCCCUGGGACUGAUGGCUUUUGGAAUGGUCAGGCCGGGGCCCCGAGGGGCUCUCCCUGGCCCUCCCUCCAGCCCUGGGGGGCCAACUUGAGGCCUAGAUAUGGGGCCAGAGGUGCAUAUCCAGAGGUCAGGAGCCAGCCAGGGGGCCCUGAGGUGAAGCGAGGCAGCAAUGGCCUGAUGGGAAAUGGCUAUGGAGGCUGCUGCCCUCUUGGGAAAUGCUGA